AUAUGUUAGUCGUUAAGGCGCUUUCACGUUGAGUGGGCUUCAAGCGAAGCUGUUGUCGCAAAAUUUCCUAACUCGAAAAAACACAAACUAUAAGCCAAACAACAGUCGAGGAAAAACUAUAGUGCACGCGUGGUGUAGAGUGGCGGAAACCAAACGCAUCUCAACGUAUGACAUGGCGUAUGAGUGACGUUACAGCAUGUAAUUAAGUAAUGAAUCUCCCGGCAGGAGUGACUAUAAAGAGGAAAAAUAUUAUCCAAUUUAUCAAAUCAAUAUCUCAGCAGUAAUAUAACAACGCAAAUGUACAUAUGUAUUUUAUACAUAAUCACGCGUGUGUAUGUGAUUCUUGUUAAAUAAAUACAAACGCAACACGCGCAUAGUAUUGGUGCAGAGCUUAGCGGCAUUAGCUGCUCCCAGCAUGGAUGAGUUCCCAGUGGUACAAGUGCCAGUCGACGAAGUGCUCGAGGAAGCGGAAUUUGAGCGUCUCUAUUCGGCACCCACUGGCAUCGUGGUGUUACUGUCCAUUUUCUAUGGCACUAUAAGUAUUUUGGCAGUUAUCGGCAACUCGCUGGUUAUUUGGGUGGUAGUGACAACACGUCAAAUGCGCACCGUUACAAACAUGUACAUAGCCAAUUUGGCAUUUGCGGAUGUAGUCAUCGGCUUAUUUUGUAUACCAUUUCAGUUUCAAGCCGCUUUAUUGCAACGCUGGAAUCUGCCGUGGUUUAUGUGUGGUUUUUGUCCGUUUAUACAGGCAUUAACUGUUAACGUGUCAGUUUUCACGCUCACCGCAAUUGCCAUCGACAGACAUCGCGCCAUUAUAAAUCCGCUCAGGGCGCGACCUACAAAAUGGGUGUCCAAAUUAAUACUCAUCGGCAUUUGGCUGGCGGCAUUUCUAUUUGCCACACCCUGUGCCAUAGCAUUUCGCGUUGAAGUGGAGCAUGAGCGCUACAGAGAAAACGGCAUUAUUUUCAAUGUUACCCGACCAUUUUGCUUGAAUAAAAACCUUUCCGAGAAGCAAUUACAAACAUACCGUUACACAUUGGUGUUCAUGCAGUACUUUGUGCCGUUUUGCGUCAUCAGUUUUGUCUACAUACAAAUGGCGGUGAAGUUGUGGGGCACACGAGCGCCAGGCAAUGCUCAGGAUACACGCGACAUAACACUUCUGCGAAAUAAAAAGAAAGUCAUAAAAAUGCUUAUUAUUGUUGUAGUCGUCUUCGGUCUGUGCUGGCUGCCGCUGCAAUUGUAUAAUAUUUUGUAUGUGACGUUCCCCGAAAUAAAUGAAUACCAUUUCAUCAACAUAAUAUGGUUUUGUUGCGAUUGGCUGGCGAUGAGCAACAGCUGUUACAAUCCGUUCAUUUACGGAAUUUAUAAUGAGAAAUUCAAGCGUGAAUUCAAUAAGCGCUUUGCCACAUGCUUCUGCAAGACACACAAGCUGCUGGAUGUGCCGGAGCGCACAAUGUCCAUGCACACACGCGUUAGUUCAAUACGUUCCAGCAGUGUACCCAACUCAUCCAUGCGAAUACGCAGCAAUUUGCACGGAGGCGUAACUGGUAAUGAAGGCAGCACAGUGGCGGCAAAAAUGCCGACAACCACAGCAAAUAGCAACGUCUUUACACACGAAAUCGGUCGCAACGAUAAUGCCGUGUCAUUAGAACUAACUAACCUCGAUUCAAAAACUCAAAGUGGUAUUGCAACUAAUAACAACAACAACAACAGCAGCAGCAGCAACUAUAAUACAAAUACUACCAGCAGCAAUGUCUGUAGCAUGCAAUUGCAGGAAGCUGAAGUUAUCGCCGGCGAGCACACAUGUGUGGGCGAAACGGACGCAUUGAUAGAGCUUAAGGCGUUGUCACAUAAUGCGCACAAUGCGGGUAACAGCACAUAGUGCCGCACAAGUAGCCGCUGAGCACUCUAGCACUAAGCUAGUGUUGUCAAGCACAAUGUUUAUUUGUAUGUGUGCGUGCGUUGUGUGAGCGUAAAUGUUCCCAGCCAAGUGUUUGGGUGCUUACAUUAAGAUUUUAAGCCAUUGAGUGGGAAUUAGCUUGCUCCUGCAUUUAAGUAUUAUUAUUGCGUUUAUUGAUAGUUUUCACUUGAAAACAUACAUAUAUGUACAUAUGCUUUUGUUUAAGUAAAGUAGUUUAGUCGUAGCUAAUAAUUCAUUGAAUAGCUUGUUGUUACAAAAUUUGUCAUUAUUUUAUGCCAACAGCAACUUGUAAAAUAAUAAUUAUGCAACUGUGAUCGAAAUAAAAUUUUUUUAUAGAAAUUUAAAAUGAGUUUGUAAUAGAAAGGGAAAACAAGCAAAUGUAUUAUAAAAUGUGAGAAAAAAAUUUUUGGAAAAAUGG